AUGAUUUCAACAAUCGGCACAACAACAAUUCAAACAACAGCACCAAACUCGUUAGUCAUGAAUCCAACAUCUAUGUUGGUAGAGAUGAAAAACUUCAUUCCUUCUUCAUAUACUUUCGAAACAAAAAUCCAGAAGAUAAAGCAAGAACUUUUAACAAGUAAUUUAGACUGUAGUGCGAAAGAUGAAACAAAUGAAGAAUAUCUUUAUGAAAUGCAGGACAUUAUUGACCAUUUGCCUAAACUACCUGAAAUUCAGCAACAAAAACUCACUAUUCCUGAAUUCGACGAAAUUGAAGUGAAACCAACUGACUCAGUAGAAAUAAAGAAGUUCAUACGAAAGGUAAAUUAUGAAUUCCUUGGUUUUCAUUGCAACCAUAAGGUUAUGGACAAAGAUUGCGAUAUGGUAUAUAAGAAUGUUUCUGACAUAUAUAAAUCUGAAGAAUUUAAGACCUACGACAACUUUGUUUCGUUAGUUGCUGAAUGUGUUUGGGAAAUAAGAGAUAAAGAUAGAAGAGGCAAAGUAUGGAACAAACAGAUAAAACCAGCAGCUUUUGAGAUGAAGAGAGCAAUUGACGCCUUAGUUGUUUUAGCAGGUAAGGUUUCAGAAUAUAACGCAAAAAUGAACCCGCAAU